UUGUCUCUUACAUCGUCCAGCACAGGUUUCUGUUGUGUUUUUCGGUGUUAAGGUUGUGUGUUGUGUGUUGUUGUUGUUUUCCUUUUCAGUUUUUCUUUCAUUCUCUCACUUCCAAGCAAUGCAAUCACAUUCUCAUUGAUCCAAACCCUGCAACAUUCUCAUUCAUUCUACAUCACCAUCAUAAUUAUGCCUUGUCUUCAUCCUCUGUCCACCACCUAGGGUUUCUCUCCGAUUUCCAUUUCUUUUUGUGCCGGGAUUUUGGGGGCAGACAUAAUCUCCGGCAGCCAUGGCCACCAACUUGCAGAUGACCCCUCAGCUCGAACAGAUCCACGGUGAAAUUCGCGACCACUUUCGAGCCCUCGCAAAUGGCUUUCAGAAGCUGGAUAAGAUUAAAGAUUCCAACAGACAAAGUACUCAGCUGGAAGAACUAACAGGGAAGAUGAGGGAGUGCAAAAGGUUGAUAAAAGAGUUUGAUCGUGAAAUUAAAGAUGAAGAGGGAAGAAAUCCCCCAGAAGUGAGCAAGCAACUCAAUGACGAAAAGCAAUCAAUGAUCAAGGAGCUAAAUUCAUACGUCGCAUUAAGAAAAACGUACAUGAAUACCAUUGGUAAUAAAAAACUUGAACUGUUUGACACCGGAGCAGGAGCAAGUGAACCUACAGCUGAAGAAAAUGUCCAACUGGCAUCAGAAAUGUCAAAUCAAGAACUUGUCAAUGCUGGGAUGAAAACAAUGGAUGAAACUGAUCAGGCUAUUGAGAGAUCUAAGCAGGUUGUACAUCAAACAGUUGAAGUGGGCACCCAAACUGCUGGUACCUUGAAAGGCCAAACUGAACAAAUGGGCCGUAUUGUUAACGAGCUUGAUUCGAUCCAGUUCUCAAUUAAGAAGGCCUCCCAACUCGUUAAGGAGAUUGGUAGACAGGUAGCUACGGACAAGUGUAUCAUGCUUUUUCUGUUCCUUAUCGUCUGUGGUGUAGUUGCCAUUAUUGUCGUGAAGAUUGUGAAUCCCAACAACAAAGAUAUCAAGGAUAUUCCAGGGUUGGCGCCUCCAGCUCCCACUAGGAGGCUUUUGUAUGUAAGGACUGGAGAACAAUUUGAUUAAUUCUUAUAUUGAAACAAGAGUUUUCUCCAUGCUAGUCCUGCCAACUUGAUUCUUGUUCUUCUUGUCGAUGGAAAAGUUAAAGGAUUGCUGUUGGGGGGCAUCAUUUUGGUCUCCAAUUAUUAUUUUUUUACAAAAAAUUCUUCCAUGUACUGUUUGUGAUUCUAUGUAAAUCUCACGAGAGCCUUUCUGCUUUGCUUUGAGUGCCAUGUUUAUUUAUGUAACAUUCCAAAAAAUGUAGGGCUAGGAAGUAAUCCUUUACUGUGUAAUUGGUGGUGUAUAUGUCUAAUACCAAAGGAGAUUGCCCCCCCUCCCCAAUUUUUUUGAUUUGUUAAUCCACGCAUAUAUAUUCUGAACUGUCGGCUGGAUCUGUUUGUAAAUUUCAUUUAUUUUAUAGGAUGUUUGUCCUGUUUGUGGAAA